AUGGCUUCCUCAGCUUGCUGGAGAUGCACGGGUCGUGCUCUCCUUCAAUCUUCUACUCGUUCGCGAUCAUGCUCUGCUACUCGCCUUACCCGCCCGGUCAUCCUCCCGCCUUCAUCUUCGUCGUCGUCGACGACACCAGUCGACACAAGAUCAUUCCACACCACCCCGGCCGGCCAAAAGGGAGGAAACAUUCGCAAACCCGCCGUAAAUAAACCUUUAAAUCUAAAGGCCAAAAAGAAGACCGUCACAUCUGCCAAAAAGCCCGAACCCGGAUACCGUCGUGCCAUAAGAAAGGCCAUCGUACUAUCAAACUCCAAUGCUCCAAACCUCGAGCUUCCGGAACUUACUAGCGAGGUUCUAGUGGAUACAGAGUCUGUGGGGAAGGUGUUUGCUAUCAAUAUGGAGGAUUUGGAGAAGAUGAGGGCUUUGGAGACCUUUCAGAAACGACAGGGUUGGCAGUUCUUUUAUAGACCGACGACGUUUAUUAGGAACGAGAGUGUGGGGAUUGCUAGGGCUAUGGAGAGCGUGGAGAGAUAUACCGGUGAAGCUACCGAGAAGGCUACUUUAAGCGGUUCUACCGCUACUACUACAAAGGAUGCAAAGGCCAUAUCGGAAGCAUCCGAUAUAGUCGAUGAAGCGGAACCUGCCAUCGCUGGUGGCGAAACCGCAGAAGCAGACCUUGCAGCCGCGGAAACAAAGGCUUCAAUGACAAUAAGCACCCUAGAAGCUGGCCUCACCGCUGUCAAGGAGGAAAUCGCAGGUAUCGAAUCCAACCUCGAAGAACUUUUCUCCUCUGAAAAUGCAGACGGCAAAGCGAACGGCAAAGCCAUCACUCAACUUCUUCGUCGUAAAGAACAUUUGGAAGGGGUCAUCCGCCGAGUCACCCCUGUUAUCAACUAUCAUGUCAACCAAGAGGAACGAAAAGUCCGCCGCGCAUUGAACAAAAAGGAACCCCCACAGACACUUGAAGACUUCGAAGCCCUCAUUGCACAGGAAGAAAAAAGACAACAGAAACUUAAGAUCAAGAGGGAGGAAUGGGCAAAGAUCAAGAAGGAAGCACAGGAUAAAGUAUCCCGCCAGUCCGCAAACUACAUCAUCACCGGUGAUAGCGGAACUGGUAAGAGUAUUCUCCUCUUCCAAACUAUCCUCAACGCUAUUCGACACAAGUGGAUCGUUAUGACACUUCCAAAUGCUCAUGAUAUCGUUAUUGGUACUACUGCAUACGAAAUUAAUCCCGAAACCGGUCGUUACGUUCAACGUGAUUAUCUCGCCAAGCUCCUCAGCAGGAUCGGUAGAGCGAAUGCACCCAUCUUAGCAGGAUAUAAGAUCCCUGAAGCUGUUCAUUUCUCAGGCAUCGAUGUUGCCGCUGGUAGUCCCUUGACUGCUAUCGUCAAUCAUGGAUCCGCGGGACCCGAAUAUUCUUAUGAAGCAUUUAUGGCUCUGUUGGCGGAAUUGGAGAAACCGGGCGCCCCACCUGUUCUCUUCACAAUGGAUAACUUGGACUACGUAACCCGGAAAGGAACCGCCUACAAAGACCCGGAAUACAAGGAUGUUCACCCAGCUGACCUUGAUAUUGUCCACACUUUCUUCGAAUACCUCUCUGGACGUCGCAAAUUCGCCCGCCAAAUGGUAGUCGCCGCCACAACCUCAGAAAUCUACCCCAACCCAUCCCUCUACGAAACCCUAGACGGCAAAACCCUCCCAGGUAUAGGAAAAUACGACCACAGAAUCCCCACUUCAAUUGGUAACCUAGCCAAAACGAUCACCCUCCGCGGCCUUAGCAGAGAACAUACCAAGCUUCUCCUACAAUUCUACAAAUCCGCAGGAUUAUGGGAUUACUCUUGGGAACGUUCCGUACCCACGAACUUAGCCUUGGAAGGAGCGGGCAUCACCGAGGAAGAUUAUAAACGAGUAAAAGGAAUGUUUGAUUGGGACACCGCUUCUUUGCCACCGGUUGAAGAAAGUGCCGAGGGAAGUGACGCUGAGGGAGGUGAUUCUGCUGAUACUUCAUUGGCGGAUGUGCAGAAGGCGUUGGUGAUUGGUGAGGUUGCGAAGGAGGAAGGGAGGGCUUUUGAGGUACAGAGGAUGAUUGAAGUGUUUAAGGCAAAACCGUUGACGGAGCAUGAGAUUGCUGAGAAGCAUAUCUUGACCGGUGGCGUGCCAAGACAGGUGAUGAAGUUGUGUUUGAGAGUGAAGGGGAGUUUGAAUAUGUAG